UUUUAACUUUCCAUUGUUGAGUUACACUUUUUGUUUAUUUCUUUUCUUUUAUUGUUAAUCUCUUAUUGUUAUUUAAUAGAAAAUAUUUUUCUAAUUGAAGAGUUUCCCUAAUUGUCACCCAAAUUUCCGACAAUAAUCAACAUUGGAAAACAAACAAUUUCCAUUAUGUAACCUGAACGUUUUUCUCUUCCAUCGGUUAACAUAAACACGUUCAACUUUUUUGCUUUUCCUUUUUCUCCGUUUUUCUUUUAAUGUUUUGUGUUCGCAUUUCUCUUCACAUGAUUGAUGUUAAUUGAUUCUCAAUAAUUAAUAAUCGUUAAUUGUGCCUCAUGUCUUACCUGCGAUCUUCAUUAAUCAAGUGUAACAAUUUAAUCAAUCGGACCAUUUAAAUUCUUUUAUCCGUUGGUGUUGUUUAUAAAUUUCUCUUUAGAAUUUGUGUUCAUCUUUAAUCUUCUAUUUGGUAUCAAAAAAAAGCUCUUUUCUAAUUUUUCUGUUUACCUCUUCUUCAUCAUUCUCCAUUCUCAUCAUCUUAAUAUUUAGCAUCUUCUACCGGUCUCACUUUGGACCUGUUUGUACCAACAACCAUCCUCAUCAUCAGCAUCGCCAUCAUCAUUUUCAUCAUCUGGAAUAACUUGUCUCUCUCUCCCUUUCUUCAACCUGCCUCUCUCUCUCUCUCUUACCUUUCUUACCUUUUCAUCUCUCUCUCUCUCUCUCUCCGUUCAAGUUUUUUCUUCCAUCAUCAUCUUCAUAACUUGCCUGCAACGUCAAAUAAAAGUUGACCUUCUCUCUUUAUCCAAAAAUCUCUAUACAAAAUAUAUAUCUUUCCUCUCCCUCCUCUCUCUCUCUCAGCAUCAUGUACCCUGUCAACCUGGACAUUAUUGAAACAGAUAACCCAAACCAUGGAUUAGUUAAUCUUGGGUGAACAAAUAUCGUGAAUACAACACCAAGAAAUAGCUACUAAACGAACCGUGUUACAAUAAAUGGUUGACUUUCUCCGGUAAAACUUUCAUUGCAACAACAACAACAACAACAACAGCACAUUACCCAAUAUCAACAACAACCUUAACCUCAAGUAUUAUUAUUGUUUCAUUUUAUGUAUUGUGUUUAAAGUGUUUGGUGUUUGGUGUUUUCAUUGUGAUCAACAAAAAAUACAUUGUUUUUGUCUGCUCAUGUUGUUUAUUUGUCUUUUGUAUCGUUCACCCAACACACAUCAUGAUUUUAUUUCGCAUCACAAGGAAUCAAUUAAUUGUAAUCAAUAGUUGAAACAAUACACUGGACCUUUUGUUUCUCUUUCUCUGUGAUUCAUCAUCAAUCCAUCGCCAUUUACUAGUCUCUCCUUAGUGUAACCUUUUGUUUCAAGUGAUUUAAAAUUCAAAUUAAUCCAAAAUGGCUCAAGAUUUAAUCUGCUAUUCAAAAGAUGAUCUUGUCUGGUUUGAUCCCGACAUUGGAUACCUUUUACCUGGAGUAGUUGUUGAUUACUCGGCCGCAGCUCAGGUCGUUACCGUUGAAACAGUUCUCGAUGGCGAGCCUCAAAUAUUCAUCAUCGAUAAUCUUAAUCAAAUUCAACGACGACAUAAUCUAGGAGAAAAUGGAUUUGAAGAUAUGGUGGAAUUAGUAGAUUUAAAUGAAUCAGCGCUUCUAUGGAAUCUCAAAAUUAGAUAUCAGAAACAACUGAUUUAUACAUACGUUGGUAGUAUCUUAAUUGCUGUUAAUCCAUACAAAAUGUUUGAUAUUUAUGGUCUUGAUUUGGUCAAGAAAUACGAAGGCAAAAUACUUGGCACUUUACCACCCCAUUUAUUUGCAAUCGCUGGAUCGGCUUAUUCAAAGAUGGUCAAGGACAAAGAAGAUCAAGUUAUUGUUAUUUGUGGUGAAAGCGGAGCGGGUAAAACUGAGAGCUCAAAGUUAAUUAUGCAAUAUUUGGCCGCUGUCAAUAAAUCAGCGAGUAACAUUGUCACCGAGCAGAUACUUGAGGCUAAUCCAUUGCUAGAAUCAUUUGGAAAUGCUAAAACUGUUAAGAAUAACAAUUCGAGUCGAUUUGGUAAAUAUUUAGAGAUCCAUUUUAAAGAUGGCCUGAUAACUGGUGCCCGUUCAACGGAAUAUCUUUUGGAAAAAUCGAGAAUCGUUACUCAAGCUCCAGAUGAAAGAAAUUAUCAUGUUUUCUAUGAACUAUUGUCCGGUUUAACUGACCAAGAGAAGGAGAAAUAUGGCCUUCAAACAAGCGACAAAUACUUUUAUCUUAAUCAAGGUUCUUCGUCCGAGAUUGAGGGUAAAAACGACGGUCAAGAUUUCCGUUUUCUUUUGGCCGCAAUGCAAGUUCUUGGAUUUACUAAUGAAGAGCAAGAUACAAUUUUCCGAAUCCUUUCAUCGGUUCUUCACAUGGGAAACAUUUACUUCCACCGUAAACAAUUGAAACACGGACAGGAAGGUGUCGAAAUCGGAAGUGAUUCAGAAGUCCGCUGGACCUCUCACCUUCUUCAAUUACCUUUGGAAGGUAUUCUUAAAGCACUAACUGUCCGAACUACCGAAGCUCGUAAUGAACGAAUGAUGACCCCUCUUAACAUUGACCAGGCUUUAGAUGCUCGAGAUGCCAUGGCCAAGGCACUUUACUCAUGCCUUUUCUCUUGGUUGGUUCAACGAAUCAAUUCAAUGGUUUACAAAGGACAUAAAAGACGAACUUUAGCACUUUUGGACAUUUUCGGGUUCGAAGAUUUCAAAGAGAACUCAUUUGAACAACUUUGUAUCAAUUAUGCCAACGAAACUUUACAAUCAUAUUUCACGAAAUACGUUUUCAAAUUGGAACAACAAGAGUAUGCGAAAGAAAAAAUCGAUUGGGUACCAUUAGCAUAUCCCGAUAAUCAAGCGGUGAUUCACCUCAUCUCCAAGAAACCCAUCGGUAUAUUACCUUUAUUGGACGAUGAGUAAUUUCCGAAAGCCUCUGAUCACUCGUUUCUUGAAAAGUGCCAUUACAAUCACGCUCUUAACGAUCUGUACAGUCGACCUCGUCUCUCAUCAAUGGAAUUUGGUAUUAAACACUUUGCAGGUCAAGUUUGGUACAAUGUUGAGGGUUUUCUAGACAAGAAUCGAGAUACACUUCGUCACGAUGUUAUCGAGCUAAUGAUCAAUUCUAAAAUGACUAUGAUCAGUAAAAUGUUUCAAGAAUUGCGGAACACAAAUGAAUCUGUCAAGACUUAUAACCGAUCUGAUGGACGAUUCAUCACCAUGAAACCAAGAGCACCAACAGUAUCUGCACGAUUUCAAGAUUCACUCAAUUCACUGGUCGAUUCAAUGUCCAAAUGUAAUCCCUGGUUCGUUAGAUGUAUAAAACCAAACAACGAAAAAGCAACCAUGAAGUUUGACAUCUCAGUGGUUUUGGAACAACUUCGCUAUUCUGGAAUGCUGGUGACAAUUAAAAUUCGUAAACUGGGUUACCCGGUUCGAGUUAAAUUUCCAGCCUUCGUUUCAAGGUAUCGAUGUCUCAUUUCAAAAUAUGAUACACCAACUAAUUACUCAACCAAAGAGAUAUGUAAACUCAUCUUGGAUAACCUUUCAUGUGGAUCAGUUGAUCAAUAUGUCCUUGCAUCAACAAAGGUUUUUAUGAAAGAAAGUCUCGAGGUCGCUUUGGAAAAGGAAAGAAUCAAUUUACUUCGAUCAUCAGUGAUUACCAUUCAAAGGUAUAUUCGAGCGUAUAUUGCCCGUAAACGAUAUCGAAAAAUCCGUUCAAGUGCCAUUAGGAUACAAUCGGUUUACCGAGGAUACAAAUGUCGACAUCGGUAUAAUUCAAUUCGUAAAGGAGUCGUUAAAGUUCAGGCCAAUUGGAGGAUGAAACGACAAAAGCGAGAAUACACCAAGAUUAAAUCGAUUCUCGAAAAGAAACGAGAAUCAGAUCGAAUUGCCAAUGAAAAGGCGAAAGAGAAAAACGCCAAGGAAGAACUCGAAAGAAUCUCUCGAUCAGUGGCUGGAGUUAAUCAUUUAGAAAUUCCCGCAGAAUUGGCCUUCUUAUUAUCUAAAUUAGAUGAAUGGAAAUGUCAACAAUCGGAUAAAAAAGUUGUUAAAUCAGUGGAGCAUUUUGAUUGUUCCGGAAAAGAUCGUAAUAAUUUCCUUCCAUUGGAUAUUGAUCAACACGCUUUCACAAAAUUUACCAACAUCUAUUUUAGAGCUCAUGUUUGGGGUAUGAAGCGUGAACCAAUUAGGACGCCAUUUUUGUCUAAAACAAAUGAGAAUGAUUUUCAAGAUUCAUUGUCCAUCUUUAAAUUGAUACUUCGUUUCAUGAAUGACAACAAUUUAAAUGGACACAAGGAGAAACUAUUAGCUGAUUAUAUUAUCCAGAAAGGAUUAUCCAAUGUGAUGAUGAGAGAUGAGAUUCUGUGCCAAUUAUGUAAUCAAACCUGGAAAAAUGAAAUGGAAGCCAAUUUUGAACGUGGUUGGCUUUUAAUGGCUAAUUGUUUAUCAUGUUUCUCUCCGAGUCCAAUUCUGUACAAAUACAUCUUAAAAUAUGCCUCUGAUUAUGCGUAUAAUGGAUUUAAACAUAUCUGUCAAACUAAAUUACUCGAAAGUGAAUCAAUUGAGCCACAAAAUUGUCGUACUUAUCCACCUUGUUAUUUGGAAUGGAAAUCAAUGGUCAAGAAGGCUAAUAUGUGUUUGGAAGGAAAAUUAUCUGAUGGUGAUACUAAAGUUGCUCCAAUCACUUCUUGGACUAAUGGUGAAACUUUCGCAGCUGAUUGUCUUCGUGCCAAAGGUAUUGAUGAUACCUUUGGGUGGACAGUUGAGUUAGAUGACGAAGGUGAUAUUUAUGAACUUAAUGGAAAAGAUUAUGUAUUUGAUUUAAUCUCGGAAAUGGAAGUGAUUCCUUCAUUCCCGGUGUGUAAAAGUUUCUUCUUAGUUUCCCCUGAUCGUAAUAAUCGAAAUCGUAAAGCAAAUCUUGUGAACAGCCCACACAAUCCUGAACGAAUCAACAAAUUUGAAUAUGAUGCUGAUUUCGAUGAAACCUCAUUCGAACAGCAUUUAUCUUCCCACCGAGAAAAGGAUAAUUAUCUUCGAGAAUCAGCUGACAGAAGACGAAGUAGUGGCCUUGAACAUAGUUAUCAGUCAUCUUCUCCAGGUCAUUUACGAGCACGUUCAGUGUCAAGGGAACAUCUUGUUCACAAUAAUCAUGCAAAUUCAACAUCACAUGUUGAUGAUUCAUAUAAAUAUGAAGAUGUUGAGGAUUCGUUACCCGAUGAGGGUCAACAUCGUUCAUUUCAUAGUGCUAAUGUCCAUCAUCCAGUUGGAACUACUCGUAAUUCUUGUAGCCUCAUGUCUCUUGAUCAAGUUAAUUUAAGUUUAUCUAAAAAUAGUAAACUUAAUCGUCGUUACCUACACAAAAGUGGUAAAGAGGAAACAAUUACGAACCUUAAACUGUCCGAAACAAGUAAACUAAAUAAACGAUAUGGACUAAUUACCGGUGAUUCUAAUAGGAAAGAUUUACGAAAUAAAGAUUCAAGUCCAUCGGAUACUUUUGCUUCCAGGCCAUCGCUUAGUAAACGAUCAAUGUCUUUGCAAGAAUUGGGUCUGGCCACAUCGGCAUUAAACGAUCGUUACUUUGCUCAAACCAGUGGUACUGAUAAUAAUCGUGAUGUAGGAAGAUCUAGUGCUGGAGGUGCUUCUGCUGCCGCUCUUCAGAAACCCGCUUCGCUUACCGGUGGAUCGGAAAAUCCAGAGAUUCAAAGUGGACCUUCAAAGACAACAAGUCACAAUAGUUUACUCGAGAUGAAUCAAAGUGACAUGAAUGGCACUUCAAGCGGUGCUUAUGGUCGGAAUAAUAAAGAACCCAUCGAGUCGAUUAUUAAGGCAACCCCCAAACAAGGUAUUCGCCCAUCUUCAAGUCAAUCCUCCGCUUCAUCAAUAUCUUCAGCCGAUUAUACUGGUUCUCACCAUGGUUUAGGUGAUAGUGCAAUAGAUGCUGAGAUACGUCGCCGAGCUUCAGAUUCUCGAUACGUUAAAUAUUCUGGUAAUAAAUCAACUGGUUCAUCUUCGCGUUAUCUACCCUAUGGUCAGUCAACAAAAGCUUAUAUCGACCGAUCAGUGACCCGUGAAGGUGAAUAUGGAUUCACUGGUGUCCGAUCAUCAGCCAUGUCCGAUACCUCUGAAGCUCCUUCGUUGGCUUCUCAUGUGAAAAAUAUCAAAAUACCUUCUCACACCUCAGAUCUUGACCAAUAUCUAGAUGAUCUGUUUAAUCCCGUUCUCGAUGCUAAUCUUGACGAUCUGAGUGAUGCCCGAUCUCUUGCAGCGUCAAUUAAAGGUGGAUCAGAGUAUUCAUCAUCAAAUACUACAAGUGAUUAUCUAAUUAGUGAAAAUUUACCUGAAAGUGUUGCCGAUGAUUAUAUUGAUUCAAUUUUCAGUGGUAGUUUUAAUGAUGAUGAAGAUAAUGAUUCCGAUCAUGAUGGUACUUACACUCUGGUUCCUUCCGAAAUUGAUUGUGGCCUUCAAGAUCUUGAUAUCGAUAUUUCUGACCUUGCCAAUCUUUCCGAUGCCAAACAUCUUGCAAACUCAUUGAAAGGCGGUGGUUAUCCUGAAUCGCCUUCCACUUCUGAUACAAGAGGUGCUGAUAAAAAUAACCAUGAAACUGAAAAUGAAAUAAUCAGUUUAAUUGGACCAACAAGCUCAUCAACCGUUACCUUUGGUACGAGAAACAGUAUUGCAACUGAAUCAAAUUAUUCAGGUGAUUGUGAUCAAUCUGAGGUUGUUUCAUCAGUUUGUGAUUCUUACAUUUAUACUCACCAUCCAUUAGAUUUUAUCUCAUUACCUGUGGUAGGAAAUGAUGAAAAUAUUAAUGAUGAAGAUGAAAUUAUUGAUCAUAAUCAUCGUCUUCUCGCUCCUCUUUAUUUAAACACUGGAAAUACUCAUUUGGAAACCAUUGGAGUCUCAGAGGAUUUGGAAAGUUUAUCAAAUGCUGAAGAUUUGGUAGUAACAAUUAAGGGCGGUGGUGGACUUAAUGAAUCCAAUUUAGAGACAACAAUUAGCUUUGGAACCUCUGGUGCAAAUAAUAAUGGUCAUCAAGAUAUUGGAUCGACAUCUUUUUCAUCGGGAUUUUCAUCAUUCUCACCUGGUGCUGCCCUGAGGGCAACAAAUGAAGGUGCACCAACAAUCAACACUAACAUGCCUUUCACCAAUAUUGCCGGAAUGACCGUUCCAAUUGUUGAUACCUCACAAAUUAUUCAACAACAAUUAGUCCAUCAACAAAUGAUUCAACGAGCCUUUCUUGCUUCAGCAGUUCAACAAAAUCUACAAAUUCAACAACAAUUAUUACAACAAAAUCAAGCCCUUCAACAAUUACUCAACACCCCGGUGGGCAAUCAAUCACCAAGCAUUGAAGGCUCAUCCAAACCAUUAUCACCAAUAAUUCAACAAUCAACUCAAUCAUACAAUUUACUACAAACAGCAGAUACCUCACUUGAUUCAACUUCAUUAUUAUCACCUAAUCAUGAUGGUCAAACCAAUGGACAGAUUAUUUCACCAAUCAAACAAUUAAACACUUCUGGUAAUCGAUCAGCUAUUCCGCCACCUCCUCCUCCUCCACCUCCACCGCCACCACCAUUGUCACCCUCAUUUACCUCUGUCUAUGGACGGGCUAAGACAGUUCGUAUUGGUAAAUGGCGAUGGCCUCCGCCAAGAGAUAACGGAGUGACCGAGGGGUCAGCGAGUUUCUUUGAGUUCAAGAUGAAAAAACAACAUUCAAAACAAAAGGAAAACAGUGACUGUGAUAAAAACGAUGAAAUAUCAACGGCAAUUGAACAAGAGGUCAUAUUACCUGUAACAAUGAUCAAUACAACUGUGGCCUCCGGGCAACAAGGAUCACCUAAAGGUGGAUUGAUUCAUCAAAAGCGUUACAAGAAAAGUGAUAAAGUGUCAAAAGGAGAUGCUAAUGGUUUAAUAAUGGCCGAUGGUCUUAAAGGGGCAAGUAAAGGGUCAAUUGGUAAACUUAGAAUAAGCUCCGAGAUGAAGGCUAAAUUAGAAGCGUUAACGAUUGAUCAAACAGUUCGAUCUAAAAAGGAUGGCCGAGAAAAAUUAGCUCGAUCCAUGGAGGAUAUUCGUGGUGGAGAAUCAGGAAAUGGUUUAAAUGGUUCUAUGAAUGGAGUGAAAAAAUUAUCUGAACAUAGAAAAAAUUUACUCGAAAAACAGUUAAUGGGAUCAAUGUUGAUUCUUAGCGGUAACGGUGAUAAUAAUAAUAGUAAAAAUCAAUUGACUCGAUCAAAGUCAAAUGAUAAACCGCUUGGAUUAAGUUCAAAUGUGACCUUAUCUUCACCUCAAUUAGUUACAAAAACGGUAUCUAGUUCAUCUCAUCAUCAUAAUCCUCAUUUGUCUCACUCAAGUUCACAUGGUCGACUUGAUCGAGGUGAUUCAGGGGAAAAUUUGUCCAAAUUUAAGGAAAGAUUUUCCGCUGCUCGACGAAGUGGAUCUCGUGAGUCCAGGGAACGUCGAGAUGAACUUGGUCCUCAUAAUCGAGGUGGAACCAUCGCUUCAACAGUAGCUGCUGAAUGUGAUGGUGACCAUUUAUCCACCUCAAUGGGAGGUACGUUCAUAGAUCAAAUGUCCACUCGAAGUAGUGUUCAAUAUGAAGAUUCAGUGAUUUCUUCUGUUAGUCAUACAAAAUCCUCUUCACGUACCGAUGUUACUCGGCCAAUUAAACGAAUGUCAGUCCCACCACCACCUCCACCUUCAUCUAAUUUAGAGCUUCGAUCGGAAUCAAUCAAUGGUCCAAAUGGAUUAAAUAACGAUGAUCAUUCGGUAAUGCACCAUCAUUCACAUCACCACCACUCACCCAGUGGAUAUCACGGUGGACCACCUUCAAUUGCCGCUUCGUCCAGUUAUUAUGGUCCAAGUACACCAGUCAUGAUGAGGAGAAAAGAUCAACCACCUCCUUUACCCGCCAUGAAUUAUAAAUCACCAAAUCACCGAUUGUCACUUGAUCGUCUUGAAUACAUUGAAUCAAAUGAAUUUUUGAAGCCUCUUGAUUCAUCAAAUCAAAUUAAUCGUCGUGAUCAGAAAGCAAUUGAUUCAAUGAAGACUAAAUUAGCUCCACCGGCUCACAAUUUUUCAUUAACUUAUUCAAAAGGUCCUUGGGAGUUACGAUUAAGAAAAGAGGUUUUUUCACCGUUGGAAAAAGUUGAAAGUCCAUUGAAACUUCACCUCAUCUUUUGUCAAAUUAUUCGAGAUGCAUAUUCACCUAAUUGUAUCCGAUUAACUCGAGAGGAGAGACAAAAAUUACAAAUGCAAUUAGAAAAUUAUCAAAUUAAUUGUGAUAAUAUGAAUUCAUCUAAUCACAAACUGUCCGUCCAACGAAAUAUAAUUGAAUUUGCCAAAGAUCUUUCAACUUAUUUCACUAGAUUAUUUCCCGUCUGUGGAGGUGACAAUUUACCCGAUGUUGAACUAUUGGGAAUCUCUCAUUCGGGUGUUAAAUUAAUCAAAAGGGAAAGAGAUGCAAUUUGUGAUUAUCUCAGAAUACUGGACACGCUCAGUUUUGGUGAGAUUAAGGAAGCGAAUGUUGUUGGUAGUAGUACUUUCCAAUUGCUCCUCCUCAAUGGUGGAUGGUUGACUCUUUACUCUCACAAGGCAAACCAAAUCAAAGCCAUGAUUGAUACCUUCAGUUCUGAAGCCAACAAGCAGCAAAGUGAAGUGGAUUAUGUUCAAUCAAUGGUCAACUAUUCAUCCAAUGAACCAAUCUUACAAUCAAGAAAAGGAGAUUUAACUCAAUCAACUGAUAACAAUCAGUUGAAUAAAGCUAAAUAUCCUGGGGCAAUCAUCAUGAGCUCUAAAGAUGAUCAUGUGGAUGACAGUAAAAGUGAUAUUACUCAAAGUUCAAAUAUGAAUGAUGGCAAAAUUUCCUUAUUGCAAUUUGCUUUGUACAAUUUCCGUGAUGUUGUUGACAAGUAUGAAUUGAUAAGAAGUGCUGACGGUUCAUUCAGUGGAUCAAUUAAAUUAAUAGAAAGUUUAAAAUCUAAAAAGAAAAACAAAAAGAAGAAUGCAAAUGGAUCCGAUUGGACUUGGAGAGAAUUGUCCGAUCUUGUCAAGUUCUCAAAGAAUCCUAUUACCAAUUCAUUGCUCAAAUUAGCACCAUCGGAAUUGAACAAGAUUGCCAUUGAUUGUUUUGCCUCAAUUAUGAGAUUCAUGGGUGAUCUUCCGCUAAUGAAAAAUCAAACAGAAGUUGAUUGUGUUUACACUCUUCUGGUGAACUGUUAUCAAUGGCCCCAACUCCGGGAUGAAGUUUACUGUCAACUUAUGAAACAAACAACAAAUAACAAGAGUGCAAUUCCUGACAGUUGCCAACGUGGAUGGAGAUUAUUCUCAAUUGUUGCCGCUUAUUUCGACUGUUCCGAGAAUCUCAGACCUUAUUUACACAAAUUCCUUGAAACCUCCGCUUAUGAUAAAAGACGAGCCUAUUAUGCUUUAGCCAUGGUUUGUCUGCAAAAUUUACGUAAAACAAUGAAAUAUGGUGGACGUAAGAACGUUCCAAGUAUCGAGGAAAUUGCCGCUAUUGCUGCAGGUAGAAAUUCAAAGAGACAAAUGUACAGAUUACCUGGUGGAACAGAGAGAAUAAUUAACACUGAAUCAAGCACCGUGGUGUCUGAUAUUAUUGAGGAAAUUUGUUCCAUGCUUAAUGUUAACAACCCCAUUGAAAUGCAAGAAUUUUCACUUUACUGUAUUAUUGACGGAGAUCUUUACACUAUGCCUCUUAAUCGAGAAGAGUACAUUCUAGAUGUAACCACUGAAUUACUCAAGAAUGGACAAACCUUUUAUUUAAUUUUCUGCCGAUCCGUUUGGUAUUUCCCAUUAAGACUUGAUUGUCAACUGUACAUUGAGGUUAUCUUUAAUCAAGUUGCACCUGAUUACCUUGAAGGUUUACUUUUAAUUACUCCUGGUGAACGUUUAAAGGAUGAUCAAAUUUCUGAUAUUGCUCGUAUUGCUGCUCUUCUUCAUCGGGCUGCCAAUAUGAAUCAUGAGCCAACAAAAGAUGAAGUUAAGUAUCUUCUUCCCAAACCCAUUCUACCCAUGAAAGAGAUCCGUCCUCCUCAAUGGGUCGAAAUGGUUCAGGCCAAUUGGAAUGAUAUGGGAGCUUUAACAACAACCGAAGCAAAAGCUCAAUGUUUAGAUAUUCUACAAAAAUGGCCUCUAUUUGGUUCAUGUUUCUUUGCGAUCAGGUAUAUUCAAACGGAUUCACCAAAUCAUCCUGAUUACAUUUUAGCCUUAAACAAAGAAGGAGCUCACUUCUUAGACAUUUUAACUCAUGAAACUGUUUGGAAAUAUCCAUUUGAUCAAAUAAUCUCAACUAGAAAGAUCCGAGCUGAAGACGAGACUCUCUUCCUUGACAUGAAAUGUGGUAACCUGAUGGUUCAAAAGAUUACAAGAAUUCAAACUGAUCAAGCUCAUGAAAUCUCUCGUCUCAUUAGACAAUAUAUUGACAUUCAAAACUCCGAUAAAGGUGAAAGAGGGCAACAAGUAUCAACUAUAUCAAGAAAUGCAAACUCAAAUUACUCAAGUUAAAUCUGAAUGACGUUCCAAGCAUUUGUUUUUUGCCAUCAAUUUCAUCUCAUAAUUUUAUAAAAUCAGCCAUCAUAUUUUUAACAACUUUCAUUAUAAAAAUGAGUGUCCCUCAUUUCAUUAGUACUUUAUACCAUUUUGAUAUGUAAUCUCAUUUCAUACUACAACAAGAAAAUAUAUUCAGAUAUAUAUAUUUUCUAAAAACACCAAAACUGUCCGGUGCCAAUUAACCGACCCGACGACAAUUAAACAACGGAGAAAUAACAACAAUCAACUCGACAAUUUAAAAUACACCAGGCAAUGAGAAACUGUUUCACUCUCAUAUUUAUCUAAUGAUAAUAUUACUUAUCUGUGCCAAAAGUAAAUCUAGAUAAAAAAUCGAAUUUAUUUGAUGACAUUUUUAGAGUCAUAAAUAAAUGUACGACAUAAUAAGACAACAAUCAAUUAAUCAUCAAGAAACGAUCCUUGUAAUGGAUGGAAAAAGUUAAUGAUAACUCAAGAGCUGAUGAAAGAAUCAACAUUUGAACAUGGAAAAUCAAUUGUGUCCAAUAGCCAAUCACAUUGAGUUCCUGAUCUAAUUAUGGAUUUUAAUUGUUUUUUUUAUCAAUUUUUAUAAUCAGUCAAUAUCUCAGUAUUUAAUCUGAUUUUUGUAUAAUAUUAUUUUCAAUCCAAUUAACCACAAUUCUGACUAAUGCCACCAACAAUCAAACUAUAAGGCAGGAUGAACCUUUUUUUUUACUUAUACAUACACUGGAUUUUUCCACUUCUCUGUUAAAAUGUAAUAUCAAUUUACUUAAUCAAUGAAAAUUAUCAAGUAAUCAUUACAAUUAAACAAACAUGGAAAUUAAAUUGUAAACGAAAA